AUGGCGCAGGCAAGUAAAGUAGUUGCGUGUGGUAACUCCAUCAUUGAAAUCCAACAGAAAAAUGAGAACUUGGUAGCUUUGGACGGAACUGAAUAUAAGGAUUUUAUAGACUCAGCUGAAAAGGGUGAGGGUCAAAUGGUUUACGAUGGACCUUGUGGAAAGAAGGUACCCAAAGGUAAACAAGCGAGACGGGUUGGUGGCAAAAUAGAUGAUUCUGUUGGUUGGUACUUGCCUUUCAUUUACCUGGAUGGUGUUGUGGAAAUACUUGAACCAAAGUGGAUUGACUGUCAAAUCAAGGAUGUCUUAGCAGGAAACCCUCAUUGCGAAACAGUCCAAAGACUUCGCCAAGAACUAUCACAAGAUCAAGCAAUUGGUGUUCUCUCGCCACCAUUUGGGGAAACAAGCUACGUUUUGGUGUACACCGAUGCCUUGGUGUUGAACAAAGCAAAGUAUGAACAAGGGAACGAUGAAUAUAGAGAAGCAAUGUUUAAGUUUUCGCAGUUUUUCACAACUAAGUUACGGCAAGAAACAUUAAUGAGUACAACACCAAACUAA